GACGAGUCCACCAACCACCUAUCAAAAGAGAAGAGGAUGUCAACAAAAUCACGUCAUAUUAUGUAUAUGAUUUUAGAAAAUGACGGAAAGGGUACGGCAGGUUUUCGACGUACCAGCUGGACUCCAGACUUCUUUUGGAAACAGAAAUGGGUUGCGCCCCGCAGUGCGUUCACCUUCAUCGCCGAUUCAAACCACGCUUGGACCCAGUUGGCUCCAUUAUUGACUAAGCAAGAAAAACUUGCGUGGUUUAGCCGCAUCCUUCCUCCAAGAAAGCGUGUCCGCGAAGAAUCUUCGAGUGAAACGUCCGAGUAUGGCGAUGAUUCUACAACGGUAGAAGAGGACGGUCUCGACAGUGACGCGUUAGACGAUGAAACGCCACCUCCAGCGUCCCAAACGGCCAAACGACGUAAGAGUAGUGGAAGCAAGGGCAAGCCCAAAGCUCGUGACAUCAAGCCGAGCAAGGCGAAAAAGUCAUCUCCUACGAAAACAUCUAGUCCUAGUGCAAAAAAGUCGAGCACCCACUACGGGUAG